ACCCCCGCCGCCCCGCCCCCUUCCCUGCCUCCCCGUAGCCGGCGGCGGCGCGGCGUCUGAGGCAGCGAUGGAGGGGUCCGAGUCGGUCGCAGCGCCGCGGGAGGAAGCAGCAUCCUGUUCUUCCUGGGGGUCCGGCAGUACAAGUAAGAAUUUUACCAUUAUGUCAGCUGAAUCUGUGGAGAUUGAUGAUGCGUUAUAUAGUCGCCAGAGGUAUGUUCUUGGAGACACAGCAAUGCAGAAGAUGGCCAAGUCCCAUGUUUUCUUAAGUGGUAUGGGUGGUCUCGGUUUGGAAAUUGCAAAGAAUCUUGUUCUUGCUGGGAUUAAGGCACUUACAAUCCAUGAUACAGAAAAAUGCCAGGCAUGGGAUCUAGGAACCAACUUCUUUCUCUGUGAAGAUGAUGUUAUUAAUAUGAAAAACAGGGCUGAAGCUGUACUUCAACAUAUUGCAGAACUAAAUCCAUAUGUGCAUGUUACGUCAUCAUCUGUUCCUUUCAAUGAAACCACAGAUCUUUCAUUCUUAGAUCAAUACCAGUGUGUAGUAUUGACUGAAAUGAAACUCCCCUUGCAGAAGAAGAUCAAUGACUUCUGCCAUUCUCACUGCCCUCCAAUUAAGUUCAUCAGUGCGGAUAUACAUGGAAUUUGGUCACGCUUGUUUUGUGAUUUUGGUGAUGAAUUUGAAGUUUCAGAUACAACAGGAGAAGAACCAAAAGAAAUUUUCAUUUCAAACAUAACACAAGCUAAUCCUGGCAUUGUCACUUGCCUUGAAAAUCAUCCUCACAAACUUGAGACAGGACAGUUCCUAACAUUUCGAGAAAUUAAUGGAAUGACAGGUUUAAAUGGAUCGACACAACAAAUAACUGUGGUAUCACCAUUUUCUUUUAGCAUUUGUGACACUACAGAACUAGAACCAUAUUUACAUGGUGGCAUAGCUGUCCAAGUGAAAACUCCUAAAAUGUUUUACUUUGAGCCAUUGGAGAGGCAGAUAAAGCAUCCAAAAUGCCUUAUCGCAGAUUUUAGCAAACCUGAGGUACCUCUACAGAUUCACACAGCUAUGCUUGCCUUGGACCAGUUUCAGGAGAACUAUAGUCGGAAGCCAAAUAUUGGAUGCCAACAAGAUUCAGAAGAGCUGUUGAAACUGGCAACAUCCAUAAGUGAAACCUUGGAAGAAAAGCCUGACAUAAAUGUUGACAUUGUCCGUUGGCUGUCUUGGACUGCUCGAGGGUUUUUGUCCCCACUUGCUGCAGCUGUAGGAGGUGUUGCCAGCCAAGAAGUUUUGAAAGCUGUGACAGGGAAGUUUUCUCCUUUGUGCCAGUGGUUAUAUCUAGAGGCAGCAGAUAUUGUCGAAUCCCUAGACAGACCUGAAUGUGAAGAAUUUCUUCCACGAGGAGAUAGGUAUGAUGCCUUAAGAGCGUGCAUUGGAAACACUUUGUGUCAGAAGCUACAAAAUUUGAAUAUCUUCUUAGUAGGAUGUGGAGCCAUAGGCUGUGAAAUGUUGAAAAAUUUUGCUUUACUUGGUGUUGGCACAAGCAAAGAGAAAGGAAUGGUCACAGUUACUGAUCCUGACUUGAUAGAAAAAUCCAAUUUAAAUAGGCAGUUCCUAUUUCGUCCUUACCACAUACAGAAACCUAAAAGCUAUACUGCUGCUGAUGCGACUCUGAAAAUAAAUCCUCAACUAAAAAUAGAUGCACACCUGAACAAAGUAUGUCCAGCCACUGAGACCAUUUACAAUGAUGAGUUCUAUACUAAGCAAGAUAUAAUUAUUACAGCAUUAGAUAAUGUGGAAGCCAGGAGAUAUGUAGACAGCCGCUGCUUAGCAAAUCUACGACCUCUCUUAGAUUCUGGAACAAUGGGCACUAAGGGACACACAGAAGUUAUUGUACCUCAUUUGACUGAGUCUUACAAUAGUCAUCGGGAUCCCCCAGAAGAGGAAAUACCAUUUUGUACUCUAAAAUCCUUUCCGGCUGCUAUUGAACAUACUAUACAGUGGGCAAGAGAUAAGUUUGAAAGUUCCUUUUCCCAUAAGCCUUCACUGUUUAACAAAUUUUGGCAAACCUAUCCAUCUGCAGAAGAUGUCUUACAGAAGAUGCAAAAUGGACACAGCUUAGAAGGUUGUUUUCAAGUUAUUAAGUUACUUAGCAGAAGACCAAGAAACUGGUCUCAGUGUGUAGAAUUAGCAAGAUUAAAAUUUGAGAAGUAUUUUAACCACAAGGCUCUUCAGCUUCUUCAUUGUUUUCCCCUAGACACAAGAUUAAAAGAUGGCAGUUUAUUUUGGCAAUCACCAAAGAGGCCACCUUCUCCAAUAAAAUUUGAUUUAAAUGAACCUUUGCACCUCAGUUUUCUUCAGAAUGCUGCAAAACUAUAUGCUACGGUGUAUUGCAUUCCAUUUACAGAAGAGGGCUUAUCAGCAGACGCCCUCCAGAAUAUUCUUGCAGAAGUAAAGAUUGAGGAGUUCAAGCCUUCCAAUAAGGUUGUUCAAACAGAUGAAACAGCAAGGAAACCAGAGCAUGUUCCUGUUAGCAGUGAAGAUGAGAGGAAUGCUGUUUUCCAGCUGGAAAAGGCUAUUUCAUCUAAUGAAGCUACCAAAAGUGACCUUCAAAUGGCAGUGCUUUCCUUUGAAAAGGAUGAUGAUAGUAAUGGACACAUAGAUUUCAUCACAGCGGCCUCCAAUCUUCGUGCCAAAAUGUAUAGCAUUGAACCAGCUGACCGUUUCAAAACAAAGCGAAUCGCUGGGAAAAUUAUACCUGCCAUAGCAACAUCUACUGCUGCGGUUUCUGGCUUGGUUGCCCUGGAGAUGAUCAAAGUGGCUGGUGGCUAUCCAUUUGAAGCUUACAAAAAUUGUUUUCUUAACCUAGCCAUUCCAAUUCUAGUGUUUACAGAGACAACUGAAGUGAGAAAAACUGAAAUCAGAAAUGGAAUCUCAUUUACAAUUUGGGACAGAUGGACUAUACAUGGAAAAGAAGAUUUCACCCUAUUGGAUUUCAUAAAUGCAGUAAAAGAGAAGUACGGCAUUGAACCAACAAUGGUGGUACAGGGAGUCAAAAUGCUUUAUGUUCCUGUUAUGCCUGGUCAUGCAAAAAGAUUGAAAUUAACAAUGCAUAAACUUGUGAAACCUUCUACUGAGAAGAAAUACGUGGAUCUUACUGUGUCGUUUGCCCCAGAUACUGAUGGAGAUGAAGAUUUGCCAGGACCUCCAGUAAGAUACUACUUCAGUCAUGACAGUGAUUAAUAGAAGUUGUCUUAAAAUUACUCCUGGACUACUUGAUUUUGGACAUGGUGCGCUUAAUUCAGAAACUAUGAAAAAAAAAUCAGCUCUAAUAUUAUGGAUUUCUUUUUGAUGAAGCCUUAAUUAAAGGGGAACAUCAAUAGGAAACUACUGUAAAGAACUGUAAAACAUUUUGGAGCGUUAAUGUACACUUGUCUCAUGCUUCACAAAUGACCAUGAUCACAAGCUACUUUGAACUGGAAUACCAUUUUUUAAUGAUGACAACAAAUUUGUAUAUUAACUUCUCUGGAUGAAAAAGAAGGAAAAAAUAUUUAUUUAUGACCAGAAGUGAUAAGGAUCAAGAAAUUGAAAGUAAUGAAUGCAACUAUCCAAAAGGUCUAAUCUCAUUUUAUGAAUUUUUUUUGUUAGUGUUUGACACCCACUUUUCUAUCUGAAUAGUGUGUGGCACCCUGAUCCUCUCAUAUGUUUAGGCUUUAAGCUUCUAAUACUAGUGGGAAGAGGGAAGGAUGGUAGUGGUGGAUGAAGAGUAGACAUUUUAAAUUGUGUAGUCAUGACUUACUGUCCUGUUGCCCCUGCUAGUGUAAUGAGAGUUGGUUAUGUCACUGUCUCCAAGAAAUCAGGAUUUUUGUUGAGAGCAGCAGUGUUGCAAGCUGUAAGCAGUAGGUCAGAUAACACAUGUUAACCUGGACUAAAUGUUAACAGUAUUAUAUGGACUCUGGAUAGCCCUCUUAGAGAAUCCAUAAAUGUGAACAGAUGAAUAUGGCUAAUCAUUUGAUUCUUAAAUAUACCUUCUAAUGUGGUUACUUUAUUUAUUUGGAAUUCUAAACCUGAUUGUCAUAGUACAUAAGACUAAAAGGUUUUGUAAAGGGAAUGUCCUUAGAUAGAUGAAAAAUAGAAAUUAAAAAAUCAUCACUAGUGGAGUCUUGAUUUUUUUUCUUCCAGCAACGUAAUGGACAGAAAAAAGUGAUUUAAUAUUUUUAUUUUAAAGAUAAGCAUGUUAUUUGAUUCCCUGCACCAAUAGAGUUGACAAAGAUUAAAAUUUAUUUUUUUAUGUCUUUACUGAGAAAAAACUUUGAGUCUUCUGAUAUGAGCUAUUGUACAUGUUCAUGUAAGUGCUUUUAUUAAAAUGAUGUAGAGUACUUCACUGAGUAAACUCAGUGAAGAACAGCAAGUGAUUCUUCUGUUACUAAGGCCAUCAUGCAUUCUAAUGUAGCUGGCAUUUUAUAACCUCAGGGAGUCAUUUCCCUCUGUCUCUUUUUCUUCUAUGCUGUUCACUCCAUUACUAGAUUAUUUGAAAAUUCAAAGACUAGAUUUACAUCACUAUGACUCCAAUUUGGUAUCUUUUUGUACUCUAUACUUACUUUUCUUUUAUUCCAUUGAGAAAUAGUUUAAAUUGUUUUGUUAACCAGCUGUUUGAUUUUUUUUUCUUUUGUAAAAUUAUUUUCCAGUUGGGGAUAUACACUUGGGAGUGGAAGGUGAAUUUGUAUGAUUAAACAGUAGUCUGCAUUUGGCAGGUAGGGGGAAACUGGACAGGAUGAGUUUAAGGAAAUGGCUACCUUUGAAAUAAACAAUUAGUUUUUGUUUGUGAUAUUUUACCCGCUCCCAUUGUGCAUAUCCCAAGUUAGUAAUUAAAAUUAAUGUUACAUGAAAUUGAAUAUAGGAAUAUCAAGGCUCUAUAGCUUAGAGGGUAAGAUAAUAAAAGAACUAUCAGAAGCCUUUUCUACGCCUCUCUGUUUUCUGCUGUUUGACAGUAACUGUCAUUUCCCAGGGAGACAUUUAAUAGUCCUCAAGUCUGAUCUAAUAACUAAUUAUAUUUUGUCUAAGUCUCCACAUCUCUUUGAAGUAAAUUUAGAACCAUGCUAUCAGUUCUUAUUUAUAGACAUCUAUGCUUUAACAAAUACAAAGAAAAUCAACAGGAAUUAACUCAUUUUGUGAUUAAACCUACAGCCAUUUUGCAUUACUUUUUUUCCCUUAUAGGAAAUGGUUAUUACCUUCAUUUCUUCUAUUCAGUUUUACUAACUGGAAAUCCAGGGUGAAGUUAAUGAACAUCUUUCUUACUUUAUUUCUGUAUCAUGAGAUCACUAUUGAUGACUGAAAUACUAAGUACAAAAAGAAUUUGGUUUUGUACAAAGUAAUUUUUUAUUUACAAAAAUAAACUAAAAAAUUUGAAACUGUUUUUAUAAGUCAUGUUCCAUAGUUGACUCUGGAGAUUCUGAUUCUGCUGUUCGUUUUGUGAGAAAUUUUUCUUUUGUAUUCCCUAAUUUUCCUGUUUUGCAGUCUCACCUGUCAGUGGGUAUAGGGGGACGUUAUUACAAAUGCUUUUAGCUUUUGGAAGUUCUAUUUAAACAGGUGAGGAGAAAUACUCAUAACCCUGUCCCAGACUACCAGUAGAUGAUUUCAAAAUCUGUUUCUUUUUAGAAUUUUAAGCAGUAUGUACUUUCCAUGAGUUCCUCAUAAAUUGUCCCAGUGGUAGAACUUGGAAAAAAAUAUAUGUAUCUUUAUUUUUAUUUUUUAUCUAUUUUAUCAUACCGUAGUGGUAACAGAGACAGAAUAAAAAUUAACAAUAUACAGGUACUUCAAUAAGUUUGUGGGAAGCAGAAUUAAAAGGUAAGUUUAUGUAGAUCCAAAAAAAUUUGUGGAAUCCGUACAUAUAGGAGGUCUUGAAAAAGUUCAUGGAAAAUGCAUAUUAUGAAAAAAUUAUGGAUAGAUUUCAAAGUUUAAUGCACAAAAAUAACCAUAUCUUUUAAUUCCUUUUCCACAAACUUAUUUAUUACCUUUAUGUUUGGAGUCCUGUUUUAUAAUUAGUAAAAUGAAGGCAGAAAGAAAAUUUGUCUUGAAUCUUGAGAGGGGAAAAAAACUCUCUUGAUCUCUUUCAACUACAAUGAAUAUAAUCCUAAAUUCAUUUGGAUUGCAAAUAUCUACUCAAUAUAAAAUGACUAGGUGUGGGUAUAACUAUUUUACUUUUCAAAAAUUUAAAAACAAUAAUCAGGAAGUUGAGAUCUUGGAAAUCAGAGUAUAAUCAAUUUUUGGUUUUUCUCUGUUAUAUGUCUUAACUUUGUUUUUUUUUUAAUUGAGAAAUAUAUACAUUUGAAUACAUAAAAUAAAAAUAGGCAGUUUAAAGAACAUUUUUCAAGUAGCUACUUAUAUAACCAGCACUCAAGUUAAUACACUAUUGGCAGUAGCCUAGAAAAUCCCUAUGCAGUCCAUUCUCAGUUAUAAUAAGCUCCCCACCACACACGCCAUUUAUUUAAUUACCACUAUCAUACCUUUUAUGGUUGCUAGCUUCUUGUUUUUAUUUUGUUAUUGCCUCUGUAUGUAUACCUAAAUAAUACAGUUUACUUUUCUCCCACUUCUAACUUUACAUGAAAGGAGUGCACUGCAUUGUUUGUGCUGCUUCCUGGAUUCAGCAUGUGAUUCAGCUCUGUUGCUUGUGGCUGUGCUUUGUCAUCCUUGAUGUAUAAUUUACCUUGGUUUGAUAUACUCCAGUUUAUUCAUUAUUUUGACUAUGGACAAUUGAGAUGAUUUUAAUUUGGAAAAUUGCAAUUCCACAAUGAAAAUUAUUUUAUGUAUCCUGUAGAGCUAAGAAGAUAUGUAUCCAGGAGUUAAAUUGCUUUGUCAUAGGGUAUUCAUAUCUUAAAUUUUAUUAGAUAAUCAGAAAAUUUUUCCUAAGCAUUAGAGAUGUCCUAGUUCUCCAUUUUGUGAACAUAAUGAUAUUAAUAGAUCUUUUAAAUUUUCCAUUCUGGUGUGUGUUAUUGCAGUUUCACUCUGCAUUUUCCUAAUUACCAGUAAAGUUGAGCACCUUCUCAUAAGCUUAUUGGUGACUUCAGCUUUCAUUUUCUAUAGAGUGCUUUGUCAAAUCUGUUACCCAUUUUUUGGGUUGUGCUGGUAGUUGUCUUUCUCACUGAUUCGUAAAAUAUCUUUAUAAAUCUUAGGUUUUGAUAGCUGUAUAGUUAAAAAUAUCUUCUUAUUCUGUGACUUGUCUUUCCCUCUCUUUAUGAUGUUCUUUAAUAAAAAGAAUUUGUGUUUCUUUCCCUCUUGUAGUGCCUCCAAAGUGGCACUUGAAUAUAUUCAUGUGUCUUUGUCUCUGAGUUUUUGUUUCAACUUCUUGAUAUAUUCUUUUUUUAAAAAAAGUUUUUUUAUUUAUUUUUUUGAGAGGUAGAGUUACAGUCAGUGAGAGGGAAAGACAGAGAGAAAGGUCUUUUUCAUCCACUGGUUCACUCCCCAACUGGCCGGAGCUGCACCAGUCCGAAGCCAGGAGCUUCUUCCGGGUCUCCCACAUGGGUGCAGGGGCCUAAGCACUUGGGCCAUCUGCUGCUGCUUGCCCAGGCCAUAGCAGAGAGUGGAUCAGAAGAGGAGCAGCCAAGACUAGAACCAGAGCCUAUAUGAGAUGCCGGCACUGCAAGCGGAGGAUUAGCCCACUGAGCUACAGUGCCGUCCCCAAUGUAUUCUUAAUGUUUACAAAACAGGUCCUCUCCCACUUACUGCUCUGUAAGUGUCUUAGUUAUUUUUAGCCCAUUAUAUUUUUAGUUCUCAGAUUUCUAAUUGCAAACAUGCAAACUUGUUACUCUGCAGUUUCCAGACAUCUUACCAUAAUUUUUGAUCUCUUAUCUACUUGAAAAUGAAAGGCAUGAUUAUUUUAUAAUCCAUGUCUAAUAACUCGAAUCUAAAAUCCCUCCUGUGGGUCUGUUUUUUUUUUUUCUGGUUUUCACUCUUAUUUUUUUGAGAUUUAUUUAUUUGUUUAUUUGAAAGGCAGUUACAUAGAGGCAGAGAGAGAGAGAGACACACACACACAGACAUUGUUCAUCUGCUGGUUCACUCCCAGAUGGCCACAAUGGCUGGAGUUGGGCCAUCCAAAGCCAGGAGCCAGCAGCUGCUUCCUGGUCUCCUAUGUGGGUGCAGGGGCCCAAGAACUUGAGCCAUCUUCUACUGCUUUCCCAGACCAUAACAAAAAGCUGGAUUGGAAGUGGAGCAGCUGGGUCUCAAACCAAUGCCCAUAUGGGAUGCCGGCAGCACAGGAGGCGGCUUGACCUGCUAUGCCAGAGCACCGACUCCUAGUUUUCACUCUUAAUAUCUUACCUCUUACGUAUCUAAAAAGCUGCAGAAAAAUUUAAUGCCCAAGAUGAUAUUGUCAUCCUCUGCAUGGUUUUUUUGUUUGCUUCUGAAAAGUACCUGGGCACUAGUGAUUUAGGAUCAUUGCUGGGUUUUUUCGUUUGUUUUUGAGGGACACAUAUACCUGGAGAGAGAAGCUCCAAUUCACUAGUUUACUCCCUCACUGCCUGCAGUGACUAACAAACCACAGCUGAGAGCCAGGAACUAAAUCUCGGUCUCACAGGUAGGUGCCAGGAACCCAAUCACUUCCGCCAUAACUGCUGCCCCCCAGCAUCUAUCUACGUUAGCAGGAAUCUAGAGUGAGGAGCAGAGCUGGGCAUUUUAACUGCUAAGGCAAAUUUAGGAAAUUUUUUUGUGCAAGUUUAGAGACGGUUUUUCCUGGGCCAUUAUGUGACUCAAACUUACACUCUAUACCGUGCUUGUACUCUUCUUAACUAUUCACACUUACUCACAGGGUUCAGCCCUUCAAGAUUCAAAAGUUAGGUUUACCAAGGCCCCCACCUCUUGAUUGGCCCUAGACGCAACUUUUGAAUCCCUAGCCAUAAAUUCUCUUCAGCUCCUCAGUGGCCUUCUGCAGUCUGUAAAUGUUUUAGGAUAUAGUGGUCCCAAUCGAAGGGUUCACUUUUCUGAAUUUCUGUCUUCUAGAUGCUAGCCUGUUGGCUAUCCACCAACUUAAUCACUGAUACUUUCAUACAUUUUCAAAACUAUGUUUUAUCCAGCCUUUCUAAAUAUUCUCAAGUGAGAAUGUUAAUCCAAAUUACUUUAUCCACCUUAUUUCCUAGCUACCUAUUGAUUAUGUGUAAGUAUAGUUGAUUUCUUUGUAUUGCUUUUCUAUGUGGAAAUUUACUGAACCAUCUAAUGAUCCUUGUAAAUUAUUUGUACUUUUUUUGGAUUUUCUAUAUAACCAACUUCAGAGGAGAGUUUAUUCUUUUCUAAGAUCCAAAUUUUUAUUUUUUUAUCAAACUUUUUAAAAUAUUUAUUUUCAUUUUAUUUGAAAGGCAGGAAGACAAAGAUCUUUCCUCUGCUGGCUCACUACCCAAGUGUCCUAAACAGAAAGGGCUGGGCCAGGCCAAAAUGGAACUGGGAACUCUGUCCAGGUCUUCCACAAAUGUGGAACCUCUCAGGGUAUGCAUUGGCUGGAAACUGGAAUCAGAAGCCGAGCUGGGACUGAAACCCAGGCACUUCAGUGUAGGAUGCAGGCAUCCAUCAUGGCAUUUUAACCAUGGUAUCAAAUGCCCAUCUCGCCCAGUUUUUAUUUUGUUGGUCCUUUCUGCAUAUGUUUGUUUCCUGUCCCAUUAAUUUCUGCUCUUGCUAUAUUUUUCUGUAUUGGAUUUUGUUUUUACUGUUCUAUUUGUAACUUUCUAUUCUUGAGGUCUAUUAUCCAUUUAUUUUCAGCUUAUCUUCUCAUCCGACAUAGGUUUAUAAAAGUCAUCUCUAUGCUAUUGCAAUAUAAUGUCAAAUUUUACUGUAAUUAUUGUAGCCAUAGUCUAUAGGUUUUGAUAUAUAAUAUUGUUGAUAUCCAGUUUAAAUAUUUGCUGAUUUUCAUUAGGAUUUCCUUUUCAACCCUUGAGUGUUUUUAGGAGAGAAUUUCUUAGUUUCCAAACAUGGGGCCUUUAUAAUUUUUUUUUAUUUUGACUGGCAGUUUAAGUGAAUUUUAGGGUAAAAAAAUCUUUGAUUUUAAUCCUUUGAAAUUACUUGCAACUCACUUUAUGGCCCAGAAUGUAAUUUCUGUGUAUUUGAAAACAUUGUAUUCUAUAGUCCUUGUAAACUAUAUAUGUCUGUUAAAAUCAAGUUUGUUAAUUGUUAUUUCAAGCUUUUGUAUCCUUACUGAUUUUUAAUACACCUGUUCUGUCAAUUACUGAAAGAGGUGUGUUAAAAAUCAUCCACUGUGAUUUUGAUUUGCUUCUUUCUCCUUGUAUUUGUUUCUGUUUUAUAUAUUUUGAGAUUAAAUUAUUAAGUGCAUGUAAAUUUUCCUAGCAAAUUGUAUGUUAUCCCUGUGAAAUGUAUCUCUGUGUUAUGUUUUGCCUUUUUAAAGUUUGUUUUCUGUGUAACUAAUAAUGACUUUAUUUUGGUCUAUAUUUUCAUGAAAUAAGUUUUCCACCCAUUUACUUUGAGUCUUCCUAUAUUCUAUCUGUAGAUGAUUGUCAGGUAAACAGUAUUGCUGUGGUUUGGAUGUUGAAUAUUCCUAAAUGCCCAUGUGUUAGGCUUGGUCCUCAGAGUGGCACUACUUGGAGGUGGAAUCUUCAGGACAUAGUUCCUGAGGUCUUUGGGAUUAUUUCCUAAGAAGGUAGUACUUGUGUGACCUUCUGAGUUGGAAAUCCUGAAUUGAAGCCCAUCCACUUCCUAUCACUGCUUUCUGGCUUGCCACGGGGUCCUUCUUCUGAACGUGCUCCGACAUCCACCAUGGGCUUCCUGCAAGAACCAAAACCUGUGCCAUGCCUUUUGGACUUUGAGCCUAAAAACUGUCAGUGAAAUAAACUCCUUCUCUUUGUAAGUUA